AUGUCGACCUCUGCACCCCCAAUGGCCAAAACUUGGGACGACGACGGCAGUGACCGUCCCUCCACCAACUCGUCCAACGAGCAACUAGAGCAUGCCGCUCAUAUUCGCUCCAGAUCCAUUGCACUCGCUAACAGCCCCAAGCGGAUGUCUGUCUUUGCCGGCCGUUCCAGGAGCAAUACUACUACGUCGACUUCCUCGCGACGCUCACCAGUUUCGUCCAUGACCUCCACAGAUGGCUCCAGCCCCUCGGAGGAGCGGACUGCCUCAGCGAUGGGGAUCCGUUCUGAUAAGCAGGACAAGCCAUCUCGCUCCCUCCUAGCGCGGGGUAGCCGCAUCCUGCGCCGCCAGGGCAGUAAGAUCAACAUCGUCUCCACGCUGGACGAAGAGGAUGAGGCCGAUCGUGGGAAGCCCCGCUCUGAGAGAGAGAUCUUUGGUCGUCGCUCCCGCCAUGCCGAUAACAGCGAACGCUUGAAGAGCAUUAUCUCUGAUCCUUUUGACUUCCACCACUUGACUCAUACCAAUCCAGCGCAGUUCGAGGCUUUGAACCAAACACGCGAGAAUGAUCUCGUCACUGAGUUCUCGGUCAUCCGAGCAUCUCAGCGGCCUCAGACCGACCUGAAAGGUAUCCGUGCCGAGGACAUUCAAUUCCGUAAUUUCUCUUGCGAGAAUCUGAGUGGGUUUGGGACCGCCACAACGGUUGAUGUGCCUAGUGCAAGCCCGCCAGCGUCUCCUAAAACGCAGACAAACCACACGCGCAGGGAAUCUCGUGUGAACGAGAACUUCUCGCGGCCAGUCUCCAGAUAUCCUCGCUCCUGCCCCACCACUCCCCCACCUCCUGCUGUGCCGGAGACUCCCCCACCUGAUACUGCUGAGCCUGCACCACGUGCCAUUGAUGAGAUUCUGGGGUUGUCUACGACGACAACGUACCCAGAGUGUCUUCAAUCAGCCCAGCCGACCCGGUUCUUCAGCCCCGAACCCGUGGAUGACAGCGUUCGGACCUCAUCCAUCAGCAGCCAUUACGACCUGGCAGAUGUCCCAGAGGAGGAAGAAACAACACGUUAUUGGAACAGCCCUGACUCUAGCGUGGGGCGGCCUCAGUCACACACAACCUCUCCGGCCAGCCCAGCCCCAGCCGAUACUCAGUCACCCAAGACCAGUAGCGAACGCCUGGCUCCAAUGUCGAUCUAUGUGGCCGAGGAGCUGUCCAGGAAAUUCUCCGAGGCGCUUGGCUCACCAACUCUCCCUCAAGAUUUCCAGUCCACCCCUCAGACCCAGGUGGAGGUCACACCACCGCAGCCAAUCUCUGGCGUGCACCAAUUCUCCUGCGAGGAUGAAAUGUACGAUUCCUGGGAUGCAGACAUCGACUACUGCUAUGAGCAUGCAGCCGAGUCUACCUCCAACUUCGACUGGUCUCGAAAAUCCAUGGAUGACUCACGCCCUCAAGUCGGCGUGGCCUGCAGCGAUGCCCAGUCGGCAUCCCUUCAUUCAGCUGCGACUCCCUCAACGACGGACUACGAGCAGGAAUUCAUUGCGCGUGGCGCAGACUAUUUCCAAACCGUCAGUACUUCGCUCCUCCCAUCAAUGAGCAAACCGAUCUCCCAGGAACCAUUCAAGUGCAACUCACAAGAGAGCUUGAUGCUGUCGCGCGCUGCCUCCAUCGCCCGCAAGCACCGCUCCUCGGUCUCUACCGCCAGCGUGCCGGAGCUCGUCCACAGCCUGUCCAGCAGUCGUGAGCUCAUGCCCACGGAUCGCCUGACAGCAGGCGAGGCCCUCACACGUCCUCCAUCAUCCUCGCACCACCGUCAGACCAAGAGUCUUGCGGAGCCACACUUCCUCGUCCAGAGCGGCAGCACCACCAGCCUCGAUGGCGUGGAGUUCCCCCUUCCCGCAGCGAUGCAUGAUCGCGCCAAGUCCACUUCGGAGGUCGAGGCGCCUGUAAAAUUCGAGUCUCCGCUACCUACCAUUCCUACCAAAAACCUGAACCGGAAGAAGGGUCGCUCGCCGUCUUACUCUCUCUUCCCUAUCGCUCACUGA